UGACUACCACGCUUUAAAACUUGAUUCCUCCAGGCCAAAAAAGUUGACAGCAGCAAAGAGACUUUGGAACUAACUGGCUGUCAGCUGUUUUAAAGAUGUACGUUAUAAUCAGUAUUCAAAGUGAACGAGUCUUACAGUAGAUUAAUGUUGUAGAAAAUCAAGAUUUCAGUACUUAUUUGGUACAUAAAUUAUUUACAUCCUGCUUACUUUUUCUGGUAAUUUGCCAGAAUCAAUAAGCCUUUGCCUCAAUUUGAGUCCUCCCCGUUGUCUCGUAUGGUACCUAGUUAUCUCCCGUUUGCCGUGAGACAGAGGGAGUGUUCCAUCUUUCCCUUCUUUGAUCCGUCGCUAACAUAAUCAAAUCAGGUGAACCAUGAAUGAAACUGAUGGGAGCGGAUUGCUUCCAGAAAUGGAAAACAUUAUUUGCCAAUUGGAGAGAGGAACCGUUGUCACUAAGUUUUUCCAGAAGAAACAUCCUGACAGAAGGAUUUUGUCAGUUAAAAGAGAGACACGUCAAGUUGUGUGGUAUAGACCAAUGACCAAGAGGAAUGUCUUCGAAGGGGCUGUUGAUUUGAGAGAAGUCAAGGAAGUAAGACCUGGCAGAAAUUCACGGGAUUUUGAACGAUGGCCAGACGAUGCCCGAAAAUUCGACGAAAAUCGAUGUUAUGUAGUUUUUUACGGCCAAGAUUUUUGCUUAAAAACUCUUUCUAUUUGUGCGCUUUCUGGACCGGAAUGUGAUCUUUGGGUGAAGGGACUACGAUACUUGUCCCGUGACACUCUCACAUCCUCGUACCCAUUGCAAAUGGAGCGAUGGCUAUGGAAGGAAUUUUGCAAUAUGACUACCGACAGAACAACUGUGACGUUGAAAGAUGUCAAAGCGUUUUUGCCACAAGUAAACUGCCAAAUGACCAAACCUCGACUUAAAGAAGCUUUUCAUGAAGUAGAUUGUCGAAGAUUAGGCGAAUUAUCCUUCGACGAAUUCGCUUCCCUCUACCACAUCCUCAUCUACGACGAAAACAUGUACCGGUCCUUCUUCCACAAGUAUUCCACGGAUGGAAGCAUUAUAUCUUUGGCAGAUUUCCAAAGAUUUCUUGCAGAACAAGGUGACCCACCGAUGGAAGCCGAUGCAGCCACUGCCUUUAUGAGGGAUUUCGUACAAGAUCCACGACGCAACGUCGAAGCUGCAUAUUUCACUCCAAAAGAGUUUAUGAGUUACCUCUUUUCACAUCAUAACGAGCUUUGGGAUUCUCAACACAACGUUGUCAAUCAGGAUAUGACCCACCCAAUAUCUCAUUAUUGGAUUGCGUCCUCUCAUAACACGUAUUUGACAGGCGACCAAUUUUCUAGUAUAUCUAGUGUCGAGGCAUACGCACGUUGCCUUAAUCAAGGUUGCCGUUGCAUAGAGCUAGAUUGUUGGGAUGGUCCUGAUGGGAUGCCUUUUAUUUACCAUGGCCAUACUAUUACAAGCAAAAUUCGCUUCCUAGACGUAGUUAAAACGAUCAAAGAGCACGCUUUUAGUGCGUCUGUUUACCCAGUCAUUCUUUCAAUUGAAGACCACUGCACACUUCCACAACAAAGAAAGAUGGCAAAAAUUUUUGAAGAGAUUUUUGGUUCGAUGCUGCUCACAUUGCCUCUUGAAAAAAAUGAAACUUAUAUGCCUUCACCCGAUGCGUUGCGAAAGAAAAUUCUAUUGAAGCACAAAAAACUACCUGAAGGCGCCACAUACACUUCAACUGAUGAAACCAUGCCUUCAGGAGGACGCGUUGACGACAGUAGUAUAAAAGAUCUGGAUCUCUCUAACUCAGAAAAAAAUGGCGUAUUGUAUUUAGAAGAUAAACUAGAGAGAGAAUGGGUCUCGCACUUUUUUGUUCUAAGUGAUGCCAAAAUGUUCUACACAGAAGUUCAUCCGGAAGAAAGCGAGCCGGAAGAAGCAGACGACGAUGUCUCUGAUACAGCCCAACAGACCUUGCGAGAGGGUGUUCCGGAAUACGAGCUACAUUUUGGCGAGGAAUGGUUCCAUGGUAGACUGGCAGGGGGUCGAACUAGAGCGGAAGAAUUAUUACAACAAUAUGGACCCUCCUUAGGUGACGGAGCUUUCCUUGUCCGAAAGAGUGGCAACUUCGUCGGUGACUUUUCGCUUUCCUUUUGGCGUCAAGAGAAGGUCUAUCACUGUCACAUACGCACUCGACAAGAGUGGGGAAGAACGAAAUAUUAUCUGAUAGAACCCAACUACUACGACAGCUUGUACAGUUUAGUUGUUCACUACAAAACUCUUCCCCUUCGAAGUCCGGGAUUUAGUAUCGUUUUGAAUAAACCUGUUCCUCAGCCUUGUACCCAUGAAAGCAAGGAUUGGUACCAUCCGACAACCGUGCGAGCAAAGGCAGAAGAACUACUUCGUUGGAUCCCGAGAGAUGGAGCAUUCUUGGUCAGGCCAAGUGAGCGAGAGUUAAAUACCUUUUCCAUUUCAUUCAGGGCCGAAGGAAAAAUCAAACAUUGCCGCAUAAAGCAAGAGGGCCGAUUGUACAUAAUUGGAACGGCCCAGUUUGAGAGCCUCAUCGAUUUGGUUAGCUAUUACGAAAAGAAUCCCCUCUACCGUAAGGUUCGCCUUCGCUACCCAGUAACAGAGGAGAUCGUGCGUCAACGUGGAGUGAGUCCACAAGAUGGUGAAGAUGCACCUGGUUACAUGGAUUCUAACGCUUUGACUGGGGUAACCGUGAAAGCUCUUUAUGAUUACCGCAGUCAGCAGGAAGACGAGCUUUGUUUUUGCAAACACGCUAUUAUCUACAACGUAAAAAAAGAAGAUAACGGCUGGUGGCGGGGUGACUAUGGAGGUCGCAAGCAACUUCUGUUCCCAGCUAAUUAUACGCAAGAAAUUGACAUUACCCAAGAAAUGCAGAAUGAAAACUCCACAGAUGUUACGCCACUGGGUGAUUUGCAGAAAGGUAGCUACGAUGUAGCGGGUGCCUCUGUGGAGCUAGUAGCGUUACAUUCUCCAGCCAGGUCACAUUCGCCCCCUGAUACCAUAGGAGACAAUGUUCUGGCUCGUAAAACUAUUCCCGAAUGGCUACUCCGGGUGAAGUCUCCGUCCCACACAGAGCCAAUCGAAUUGGGUGUAGAAUCUAAGGAUGAUGCUAUCGAUUGGUGUAACACUAUCAAGAGCGUCGCUCAGCGGUGUAGCGACCGUGAGAAUAUGCAUCGAGAAAUUGAACUAACGUGGCGAAUUGCUAAGGAGCUUUCGGAUAUCAUAGUCUAUUGCAGAGCAGUGACGUUCAAUCAGGAACGCAUUCUACGUGAGGGGCGGAAUCCUUAUGAAAUGUCUUCAUUCCCGGAGCAAAAAGCGGAAAAGUUGAUGCUUCAAGAGCAAAAAUUCUUUCUCUGGUACCACCAGGUGAUGUUCAGCCGUGUCUACCCAAAAGGACAGCGGAUAGACUCUAGCAAUUAUUGUCCAGUUCCCUUUUGGAACGUUGGUUCCCAAAUGGCGGCAUUAAAUUACCAAACCCCUGAUAAAAGCAUGCAGUUAAAUGAGGGUAAGUUUUUGCAAAACGGCAAAUGUGGUUAUGUAUUGAAGCCAAGCUUUAUGCUGAAGAACUCCCCUGAAUCCUCGAUACUGGCUGCUGAAGAACCUGUCGUUGUCGUUGUUAAGGUCAUAGCAGCCCGUCAUUUAACUAAGUCCAAACGAGGGAUAGUAAGUCCUUGCGUAGAAAUUGAGAUUAUUGGAAACCAGCAAGACAACAUUAACAACAAACACACCACAAAGAUCAUAACUGAUAAUGGUUUUAAUCCUGUUUGGGAUGAAACAUUUCAACUCGAAGUUUCUUGCCCCUCCUUGGCGCUCCUGCGCUUUGCUGUCUACGAUAUAGAUAUGUUUGGCGAUUCUCAUCUUAUUGCGCAAGCAACGUACCCGCUUUUGUGUAUUCGCCGGGGAUUCCGAAGUAUUCUAAAGAAUGGCUUUAGUGAACUUCUCGAAAUGGCUUCGUUACUUGUUUUCCUUGAUCUCCACAAAAGAAAGGAUGAGGGGAGUUCGGUGCUAUUGAAAAGGGACAAGCUUCGCGAACUACGGACUCAAAUCAUCGACGCACAGGAGAGAGGCGACGAGGCAGCAGCGCAAGAAGCUCGCGCGGAAUUCCACGAAAUCGAAUCCCAAAUUUUUGAAGAUUUUAAUCGUACUCGUGAAAAGUAGACAUGCCCUAGUUGAUUUCCAUGAAGUCCGUAUAAGGGAAAGGGCGAGUGCGUUAAAGGGCAUUCAGUCAUUCAUAUACCACGAUCAUCAAAUGAUUUCAAAAACAUUGGGAUGACGAACAAGAAAAGAACUGACCAUUCAUCAAGUGCUCUGUCAAAUUGGUGCCUUUAUAUACUCAACUGAUUUAGUUUGGUUAAUUCAUAUUUAUUAAUGAAUGCUGAUUUACAAUCAUAUGGUGUUAAUAACCCAUCAGUUUGUUGUAAUACAUUGGCAAUAUAAACUUGUCACCAUC